AUGCCUGCAGCAAGCCAGCAUUCGGUUGUGACAGAGGUCCCCGGACCUCUGUCUAAAGCUGCCCUGAGGAAGUUGGAUGACUUUUUCGAUUCCCGACCAGUUCAUUUUGUGGUAGAUUACGACAAAAGCGAAGCCAACUACAUUGUCGACGUGGAUGGCAACAAGUUCCUUGAUGUGGGCCUCAACAGAAUCUUUACUGCCCAAUCCGGAUCCGAAGCCAAUGAACUUGCCUUUAAGGCUGCUAUGAUGCUAUAUCGUCGCAAAGAGCGCGGCGAGGGCAUUGACUGGACAGACGAGGAGAUUAGUUCCUGCCUGGAUAACGCAAAGCCUGGCUCUCCCGAUCUCGCCGUCUUAAGUUUCACUAACUCCUUCCAUGGCCGCGGAUUUGGAAGUCUGUCAACUACCCGAUUAAAAGCCGUCCACAAGUUAGAUAUCCCCUCUUUCAACUGGCCAAAGGCCCCGUUUCCAGCUCUAAAAUAUCCUCUCGAGCAAUUUAUGCACGAAAAUUCGUGCUUAGAUGAAGUUGAGAGGCUGAUUCGGUCAUGGCACUGUCCAGUUGUGGCUCUUAUCAUUGAGCCCAUUCAGAGCGAGGGUGGCGAUAAUCACGCCUCGCCCUCCUUCUUUCAACGUCUUCGUGAUCUGACUAAGAGACACGGCGUCAUCAUGAUUGCCGACGAAGUUCAAACUGGAUUUGGCGCUACUGGUAAGUUCUGGGGUCAUGAGCACUGGAACUUGGCCUCGCCUCCUGAUAUUGUCACGUUUUCCAAGAAGGCACAGACAGCUGGAUAUUAUUUUGGUGAUAGGAUGCUUGUGCCUGACAAAGCCUAUCGUCAGUUCAACACAUGGAUCGGCGAUCCAGCUCACGUCAUCAUGGGAAAGGCCAUCAUUCAGGAAAUUCUGAGCAAGAAUCUGGUCGAGCAAUGUUCCCGCGUCGGUGACAUUCUUUACGCCGAGCUUGAGAAGCUGUCGCGCAAGUACCCAAAAUACGUGAAGAAUCUCCGUGGAAAAGGCCAAGGUACCUAUAUCGCUUUCGAUACAAUUGACUCGGCUGCUUUCGUCAAGGCUAUGAAGAUGAAGGCAAUCAGCAUCGGUACCUGUGGUGUCAAUACGGUGCGCCUUCGGCCCAUGCUCAUCUUUGAAGAGCAGCACGUCCCUCUCUUAAUCAGUGCUUUGGAAGAGGUACUCGCAGGUUUACACUGA